AUGCUGCCAUUUGGGUACAUUGUUUUGUAAUAUUUAGUUUUUAGUGAUUUAAAUACUUAGAAUUUGAGAAACUGCAGAGGUGAAUUACAAAAAAGUAGAAGUGCUAGAAAUUUAUGGAAAAAUGAUUAAAAAAGUCCAAGAGCAAAUGCUUAAUAGAGAAAGUUAUUAUUAAACAUUUAUAAAUUAGAGUAAGAAAAAAGAGUACUUUCAAGUUUGAAAAUGUACAUGAUAACAUAAUUUAAAUUUAAUUGGCUUCAGAUGAGAGCUAUGAAAUGGAUAUUAAUGAGGAGAUAGAAAUUGAUAAAAAUGCUAUGUUUAGAGGUAUGCAGAACGAACUUAGUCCUGAUAGAAGGAAAACCUUUAAAGCUAAGCAUUGGCAGAUUUAUAAAACUCUUCAAUUAUAUAUGGAUGAAGAGUUGAUUGAUGAAGAGAAAGAAGAUGUUCAAGAGUAAACCCCAACUCCUUUAGUAAGAUAAAAUCAAAAAUUAAGUCCUGAUGAGAUAAUAUUUUAAAAGAAUUUAUAAAUCCCAGAUAUUAUAGCUGAAUUUACAAAAUUGUAUGAAUCUGAUCCUCACAAUGAUAAUUACAAUUUAUAAUUAAUACAUGUAUAAGGAUGGGAGGAAAUAUGGCUAAACCAUUAAUUUUAUAAAGAUACUUAUAUAUUACUAUGGUUGAGAAAAUUAAUUGUAACAUUUUUUAAUUCAAUAUCAUUGAUUUGUUAUAAAAUUACAACUAACAUAGUAUCAAACUUUAUAAUGCUUUUAUUAGUGUCAAUAAAUAUGGUAUUAUAUAUAACAAAAUUUUAUGAUGAUGUAUACAUUUAAUAUAAAUAAUUAUUUGAUGGUUGGUCAUUAAGUAAUAAAUAUUCAAAUUAUAAUAGUCUUCUUUUGGAUAUAUGUUGUAGAACAUGGAAUAAAAAUAGUUGGAUUAGGAUUAGUUUAGUUUAUUAAAGUAUUUUGGAAUUGUUAUGAUCUAGUUAAUGUAAAAUAUAUAAAAAUAUUAUAUAGCUAAUUCUCUUUGGAUUAUACAUUUAUGGAAGUUUAUCAUUUGAUUUCUCUCCUUUAAGAGCUAUGAGAAUAUUAAUUUAAUUAGCAAAGAUUUCUUCAUAAUUAUAAAAGACAUUGAAAGCUUUAACUGAAUCAUUAAAAUAUAUGAUGGAAGCAUCAUUGGUUGUAUUGAUUUUUUGUAUAUUCUUUGCAAAUGUUGGUGUUCAUUUAUUCAGUCAAUUAUUAUUGAAUAGAUGUUUCUAUAUUGAGGAAGGAAUUUAGGAUUUCAAUUAAAAUAUUUGUGGUUGGGUGAAUUGUCCUAAUAAUAUGAAUUGUUUUAAAUCUUUGAAUAAUGUUGAUAGUGCUACUAAUUUUGAUAAUUUCUUUUUUGCUUUUGCUCAAAUUAUACGUACAAUUACAAUGGACAAUUGGACUGAUGUUAUGUAUUAUACUAUGUAUACAUUAAGUCCAAUGACAUGGAUAUAUUUUGUUUUAGUUAUUUUUAUAGUAGGUAUGAAAUUAAAAUAUUCUUUUAGGUUUUUUUGCAUUUAAUUUAAUUAUUGCUGUUUUGAAGACAUAUUAUUCAUAAAUUGUAUCUAAUUAUUAAGAAGAUAAAUAAGAAUUAUCAAAUAAAUAAUCUUAUAUAGAACCAUUAAAUUUAAGAUUUAUAAAAAAUAUUGGUUUGUAUAAUUAAAUUAAAACAUUAUAAAAAAUACGUAAGAGAGGUUCUCAAUAAUCACUUUCUCAAUCAAAUGUUUCUUAGAAUAAUUCAAUUCAUAAUUAAAUAUUUUCACCUAAAGGAAGUCAAUUGUUACAGAAAUCAAAAAUAAUAUCUCAAUUCACAAAUGGAUUUGGUUAAAUGAAUAAAUUAUAGAAAAUGGUGAGGAGGGCUAAAACUGUAAAAGAGAAGAAAAAAUAAUAAAGAUUGAUCUUAUCAGCUAGACAAUAGAAACUAUUAUAGAUGAGAGAAAAUGAAGAUAUGGGUAUAAGUAAUAGCAAUGAACAAAGUAUUUUUGAUAAGUGUUCUUUGAAAUCUAUUUUGUAACCACAAAGAAAUUUUAAUAUUGAAUAAUCAAAAUAUGAAUAAACAGUAUAAGGAGAUAUAAAAGGUAAAAGGAUAUUGAUGAGUUUAAAAUAUAAUGAUGUUUUGGCAUGGAAAUUAGAUUUAAAGUAUUCAUCAUACUAUUCAACAUCCAAAAGAGAUGUAAUAAGUGAAAUUAAGGAAAUAUUGUAAAAAGAGAAAAGGCUUAAAGAAUAAUAUGAGAAGGUUAAAAGAUAAAAUUUGAAAUAAUAUUAUAUGUUAGACAUUUAUGAUAAACAAAGGGAGAAGAUAUCAUAAUAAUAAUUGUAAUCUUCUGAUAAUGGUAAUCCAUCUAUUCAAAGACUCUAUAGCAUAAAAUAUGAUAUAAAUACAAAAAAUAGAGAUUAAAAUAUUACAUCUAGAUUGAAAUUGAAAUUCCCAAUAAAAUCAAGUAGAAGAAUCUUUAGUUCUGAAUUAGAUAUUGAUAAUUCAAGAAAUGAAAUUCCUAGUAACAGAUCAACAAAUACUCGUAAAUCUUAUUAUGAUCAAUUAAGAAAAUAAAGGUUAUUUUUCUAGAGAUCUCAAACUAGAAUGCAUAGAGGAACUUCAGAUGCUUUUAUGGAAUUUCCAGAAUGGCAGGAAGGGUAAUAAUAUAUAACAAUAAAUGGUAUAAAGUGGAAUCAUGAUGCUUGUUCUAUUUUAAUUAAUAGAAAGAUUAAUGAUUUAGAUGAAGAUGAUGAUGAUGAUAAUUCAGAUGAUAAUCAAAUUAUAAAAUUAGAUUGGAUGGAUCAAAAUUAUGAACAUUAUAUUAAGAUUAGAGUAAUAAAUUUAGUUUUUAUUAAUAGAAAAAAGAAUUAGAAUAAGGAUUUAUAAGAAGACAUAAUAUAUCCAUACUAAAUAUUUUGAAAAAUGUAACAAAAAAUAAAUUAAUAUCUAUACUUAAAUCAUUAAAUAAACAUGAUUAUAAUAUUUGGAUAUAAGGAUUUUAUGGAUAUUUGAUUGUUAUGUAAUUUAAAUUACAUAAAUUAUUGGAGGAAAGGAUGGUAUCAAUUAUUUUUGAUUUGUAUACAAUGGUUAAUUUUUUUAUUCUUUGUUCAGAUGGUUAUUUAAGUUCUGAUUUGGUUGAUUCAAUUAAUUCAGUUAUGACAUUUCUAUUAUUGGGGGAAAUAGUUUUAAAGAUAAUUGGUUAUGGAAUUAAAGAUUUCACUAAAAAAUCAAGUAAUAACUUAGAUUCUUUUGUUAUUGUUUUAUGUUUAUUAUAAUACUUUAUUUCAAUAACUUAACCAUUUUGGUUGGUAUAAUAUAGUAGUGAAAUAAAAGUAUUAAGAGCAUCAAAAGCUUUUAUGUUAUAUAGGGUGAUUAAAUAUAAUAAAUUUAUUGUAAGAAUAAUGAAAAUUGCCUAAUUAACUAUGAAAUCAUAUAUAAAUAUUACAUUUUUAAUGUUUUAUGUUAUUUUUAUGUAUGCUAUAAUGGGAUUAUAAUUUUUUGUGAAUAAAUUUGAUGAAUCUUAAAGAUUAGCUUAAUUGCAUUCUUUUAAUAGUAUAGGAAAAUCUUGGAUGACUGUAUUUAAUAUUAUUACAAAUGAUGAUGCUGUUGGAAUGUUAAAAGUAGCUACUUAAUAUACAGAUACAUGGAUAGGAUUACUAUUUUAUAUUACAAUGGUAUUUGGAUUGAAUUAUUUAAUAUAUGGUUUAGUGAGUGCAGUAUUAUUAGAUGCAUUUUCAUCAGAAUUAGAGAAGGGGAAUUAAUAUGAAGAGAAAAGAGAAAGGAUAUUAUAAAAAUUAGGAAUAUAAGAGAAUAUUAAUCAAAAUGAUACUUAAUUAGAUACUUUAUCAUCAAAUAAAAAUGAGAAAGAUGAAAAUGAUGAUAUACUUAAUGAUAUUAAGAUAUAAUAAUAAUAGUUUAUAAAACGAUAGACUCUAAAUAGCAAGAAAAGUAUUUAUUAAUAAGUACCUGAAACAGUUAAACAUAUAUUCAGUAAAUAGAAAUCUUUAGAAAUUUAGUAUUAUAAGGAUAUUGAAUGUGAAUAUUCUUUAUUCAUAUUUCAUUUUAAUAAUCAAUUUAGAAAGUUUUGUUAUAGAACAACUAAAUCUUUCAUUUUCAAAUUUAUAUUGAAUAGUUCAAUUUGUUCAUCUGUAGCUACAAUGAUUAUAAUAUCAUUUGAUGACAAUUUACCAUCAUUACAUACUAAUAACUUAAAUACAUUUUAUGAGUAUCAUUUAUUAGCUGUUAAUCUAAUCAUUACUAUUACUUAUAUUUUAGAGAUUAUAUCUUAAGGAAUGCUUUUAGAUUAAGGAGCAUUUUGUAGAGAUAUUUGGAGAUUCAUAGAUAUCUUAUAUUUGAUUAGUUAUUAUUUGUCAUUUAUGACUCUAUCUCCAUUUUUGAAAUUCUCACUUUAUUUAAGUAUAUAUAUUUAUAUAUAUUUAGUUUAUUUACGUCCUUUAAUGAUGAUUAAUAUGUUUUAAAGUAUAUAAGGUAUAAAAAAUGCAAUGAGUUUAAGUUUAGUGUAGAUUCUAAAUAUUAUAGGAGUUAUUUUAUUAGUUUUUUUAAUAUUUGAUGUAAUAGGAAUGCAUUUAUAUUAAAAUAAAAUGGGUUAUUGUGAUAAUUUAAUGAAUUUCUAUGUGAAUAAAAAUCAAUGUUCUUAAUAAAACAAGACUUGGAGAAUUCAUCCAUAUAAUUUUGAAAAUAUUUUAAAUGGAUUAUUAACAUUAUUUUUAGCUGCAUCUUUAGAUGGAUGGGGAGAAAUCAUGUAAGUAUGUUUUAAUGCAAAUGAUUCUAUAUAUGGUCCAACACCUCUUAAUACAUAAUGGGCUACUUAUUUAUUCUUUAUAUUAUUUAUAUUUAUUGGAGCCAUGUUUUUUAUGGGAUUUCUUACAGGUGUUUUAUUCACAGAGUUCUAAAAAUAUACAAAAUAACUAGAAAAUAAAUAUUUAACUAGUGAUCAAUCAUAAUUUCUGAAAAUCUCAGAAUUAAUAUUAUAAUAAAGUCCAGGUUAUAGUAAUCCACCUAAAACUCCUCUUAGAAGAUUAUGUUAUAAGAUUGUAUUUAGUUUAUUGUAUCAUAAAUUCUUUAUAAUUGUGUUAUGUGUCAACACAAUUGUAUUAUGUCUAUUUUAUUCAGAUGCUUAAUAUGAAUACAUGGCAAAUCUGAAUAAAACUUAUUAAGUAUUAACAGGUGUUUUUGCUCUAGAUACUAUCAUUAAAUUAUUGGCUUAUGGUCCAACAAGAUAUUUUGGUAUAUUUAAAUUUAAUAUUUAAAGCUACUAAUUGGAGAGUUAUUGAAUUGUCUCUUUCUUUUAUAGCUGUUGCUGAUUUUAUAUAUGAUAGUUAUUGGGGAUGGUUCACUACUUUCUUAGGUGCUAAUUAAUCAGACUACUACUUCACUUUCUAUAGAAUUUUAUUUUGUUUGAGAGAUAUUCGUAUUCUAUUGAUUAUUCAGGAAUUCAAAGGUCUAUUAAGAUUAUUAAGAGUACUUUGGUUUUCAAUGCCUUUAUUGUUAAAAAUCUUAUACAUUCAAGUUAUAGCUUAAACUACAUAUGCUCUAAUAGGAAAGGAAUUAUUUUCACAUAUUACUAAUGGAUCUGUAAUUGAUGAUAAAUAUGCUAAUUUUAAGAACUUUAUUAAUUCUGCAUUAUUAAUGUUCAAAUGUACUACAGGUGAUGAUUGGAGAGCUCUACUUAUUGAUUGUUCUCCUUAAAACUAUUUUUGUAAAAGUGAUAAUAAUUAAUGUGGAUCUUAGUGGGCCUUGCCAUUUUUUCUUUCAUAUUAUUUAUUUUCAAAUAUUAUCAUUAUGAAUUUAUUUGUAUUAGCUUUAGUGGAUUAAUUUGAAAGUAAUUAAUAAAUAUUAUAUUAUUUUAGAUUUCUUUAAUGCCUCUACUAAUGCUAUCCAAACAUUUGUAGAGAAUGUAGAUCAUUUUUGUAAUGUAUGGUGCAAAUAUACAUAUGAUACAAAAGGAACUAAAAUGCAUACUCGUUUUAUAGCUCGAUUUUUAUUAGAUUUACAUGAACCAUUAGGUGCUCUUGAAGGAGAUAAUGUAUGGGAUGCAGCCAAGAGUGCAUCUAAUUUUAGAAUCAGAUCAAAUAAACAAGGUUAUGUAUACUUUAAUGAAUUACUUUAUGAGACAAUUCGAUUUGUUUUUAAAGAUAGUAUAUUCAAAUCAGGUUCAUUAAUUGGUAGAGCUUAAAUGAAAUAAUUUGAUUUAGCAAUGAGAAGAAAGAUGAAAGAAAAUAACAUAAAAUCAGAAUCAUAAUUAGAUUAAGAUUAUUUUUAAGAAGAAUAAAUUUCCAAACAUUAAAACUUCAAUAUACUUUCAGAAUAUUUAAAUGUUUUAAUUGCUCUUAAAACUUGGGAAGCAUACACAAUUAAACUGAUUGAAAAAACUAAAAAUCUUGAUGAAUACACAGAAUAAACCAGUUCCUCAGAAAGUGAAAAGAAACUCUCAAUUAAUAUUGUACCUUCAAUUUAAAGAACAUCUUAAAAUAGACUGCCAUAGACAAUUGACUUAGAUGAUCAUAGAAUACAACGAGAUUAUUGUCAUCUGAAUAUUUACAAGGAAACUAAUUUAUAUCAAUACUAUUAGCAUUGUAUAUUAUUAGAACCCAUUAGUAAAUCAUCAUAAUAGGAUACAACAAUUUAAAGAUCUCCAUCUACAAAUCUUGAAAAUCAAAGUAUUUAAUCAAUCAUUUUUUAGGAUAAGUGAAUCCAAAGAAAACUUUAAUUAAAAGAUAAUCAUCACUAUUUAAAUAGAAUGUACAAUCUUUCAAAGAUGUUUUAGAUAAAGUAUUUUGA